CUGAAGAGCCGCAGAGAGCGCCGGGAGCUAAGGGGCGGUGGCGACCGGAAGCGCAGUGCAAACCCCCAUGGCCGGGGUUCGGGUGCCCCUCUGGGGCAUCUGCAUGCUGCGAGUGGCGCUGGCUACCGUCUAUUUCCAAGAGGAAUUUCUAGACGGAGAGCAUUGGAGAAACCGAUGGGUGCAGUCCACCAAUGACUCCCGAUUUGGGCAUUUUAGACUUUCGUCGGGGAAGUUUUAUGGUCAUAAAGAGAAAGAUAAAGGUCUGCAGACCACUCAGAAUGGCCGAUUCUAUGCCAUCUCUGCACGCUUCAAACCAUUCAGCAAUAAAGGGAAAACUCUGGUCAUUCAGUACACAGUGAAACAUGAGCAGAAGAUGGACUGUGGAGGGGGCUACAUUAAGGUCUUUCCUGCAGAUGUUGACCAGAAGAACCUGAAUGGAAAAUCGCAGUACUAUAUUAUGUUUGGACCCGAUAUUUGUGGAUUUGAUAUCAAGAAAGUUCAUGUUAUUUUACAUUUCAAGAAUCAGUAUCACGAAAACAAGAAACUGAUCAGGUGUAAGGUUGAUGGCUUCACACACCUCUACACUCUAAUUUUAAGACCAGAUCUUUCUUACGACGUGAAAAUUGAUGGUCAGUCAAUUGAAUCCGGCAGCAUAGAGUACGACUGGAACUUAACAUCACUGAAGAAGGAAACAUCCCCGGCAGAAUCGAAGGAUUGGGAGCAGACUAAAGACAACAAAGCCCAGGACUGGGAGAAGCAUUUUCUGGACGCCAGUGCCAGCAAGCAGAGCGACUGGAAUGGUGAACUGGAUGGGGACUGGCCGGCGUCGAUGCUCCAGAAGCCCCCGUACCAGGAUGGCCUGAAACCAGAAGGUAUUGAUAAAGACAUCUGGCUCCACCAUAAAAUGAAGAAUACCAACUAUUUGACACAGUAUGACCUCUCGGAAUUUGAGAACAUUGGUGCCAUUGGCCUGGAGCUUUGGCAGGUGAGAUCUGGAACUAUUUUCGAUAACUUUCUGAUCACAGAUGAUGAAGAGUAUGCAGAUAAUUUUGGCAAGGCCACCUGGGGCGAAACCAAGGGUCCAGAAAGGGAGAUGGAUGCCAUACAGGCCAAGGAAGAAAUGAAGAAGGCCCGCGAGGAAGAGGAGGAAGAGCUGCUGUCGGGAAAAAUGAACGGGCGCGAACAUUACUUCAAUCGAUUUCACAGAAGGAAUGAACUUUAGUCAUCCCCAUUGGAUAUAAGGAUGACUGGUAAAACCUCAUUGCUACUUUAAUCUAUGUUUCAAACUCAAAUGUCUACAUGGCACUUUGUCCAAUAUUCUUUGAAAA